GCACGUUGUAGACCACACAAAACUCCUUAAAAUCACUCUCUCUUCCCACCACUAAACCAUCAGAAAAACAUUAGCGAAGAAAUUCAAAACGAAACAGCUCAGACUCAUUCACAGAGAGAGGGAAGAAUGUUUUCUUGUCUCAUCCUAUUGUUAGAGGUCAUCAAGAUGGUUAUUAAUUCCGUUGCCUCCGUAGUUUUGUUAGGCUUGGCCGGGGUAACACUCGCCGGUUCGGCCGUGGUAUUAGCCGUAUCCACGCCUCUUUUCAUCAUAUUCAGUCCCAUUCUCGUACCCGCCACUAUAGCCACGACUCUCCUAGCAACUGGGCUUGGCGCUGGUGCCGCCCUCGGAGUGACCGCCGUGGGUCUCAUCGUUUGGCUCCUUAAGCAUAGGAUCGGAGUAAAGCCGAAGGAUAAUCCACCUCCUGCAGGAGCUCCUCCGGCAGCACCGGCAGCUCCUGCAGCUCCGGAAGCACCGGCAGCUCCUGCAGCACCGGCAUCACCUGCAGCACCAGCAGCUCCGGCAGCUCCGGCAGCACCUCCAUCCUUCCUAUCUCUUAUUGAAAUGCCAAACUUUAUUAAGAGCAAGCUGCUAGAUGUGUUAAUUAAUAUACCAGGAUUUGGAAAGAAAUCCAAAGAGCAUGGCAAAUCUAAAAGUGACGAAAAAUCCGAAGGUAGAAAAGGUAAGUCUAAACGUGGAAGAGACAAACAUGGAGGUGAAGGUAAAUCCAAGCAUAAAAAAGGCAAAUCUAGAGGUAAAGAUAAAGAUAAAUCCAAGGGUAAAGGUAUAUUCGGUAGAAAGGGUUCAUCUGAUGAUGAAAGUUCAUAAGAUCGAAACAAGUUCGUAUAGGAAUUGUGGUAAACACAUGGGUAAAGAUAAAUUCAUGGAAGAGUAAAAGACACUGGUUCAUCUAUUCCAAUGUUUAGAUACGUUGUGUAUUAUAUUCAUGAAUUUUAUGCCACCCAUAAGAAUAAAAGGCUUCUAAAAAAUUUAAUGUAAAGUUGAAUGUGCUUAUUAUUUUAAAAGAAAAAGUAAAAGACAAUCAGGC